UCUCAUCAUCGCAACAACACUCACACCACCAUGGCAUCCCCAACCAGCUCAAAGGAGGAGCCAAAGUCACCCAAGUCGCCAUCGCCCGUCGACAAGGUCGCUGCGGCGUCGCCGCGCGCCACAUCGCCCGCCUCGCCGUCGGCCGACAAACCCGGGUCCAAACCAUCAUCCCCGGCGCCCGGCGCCGCCGCCGCGACUUCCCCCCCUCCUGCUGCGCCUGCGCCUGCACCCGCCCCGCACGCCAACCCGAAAAUUGCAGAGCUGCAGACCAUGUUCCCGACCGUCGACGUCAGCGUCAUCGAAAUGGUGCUCGAGAGUGUCGGCGGUUCGCAGGACCGAGCGAUCGAGUCUCUCCUGCAGAUGACGGACCCGGAUUUCAAGCCCGACGAGCUGGCGUCAGCGCAGCAGGAAGAGUCUAACCAGGUUGACCUUGACGCCGAGUUCGCUCGCGCCAUCGCACUCCAGGACGAGGAGGAGGCGCGGCAGCUUCGCCGGGACGCCCGCGGGGGUCGUGGCCCCGCAGCUCCCUCCAACGCUUCUCGGCUGCCCGAAGUCCUGCCGUACCAGCCGCGGGUGCGCAAGCCGCGCCGCCCAGUUGCGGACCCGUAUGAGAGCGAGAACGCCAGAGCACAAGAACUGCAGGACCGCUACGACCCGCCGCCUGGCCAGGGCCAGAACCAGGGCGAGCUUCCUCCCGGCCUCAUUGCCUUCGAGGAGAAGGUCACGGCCAUGGCUGAAACCGGUCGCCAGACGUUCAACCGGUUCUUCAACAAUGCGAAGGCGAAAUACGCCGAGUACCAGGCCCAGCAGGCACAAACGUCUGAGCAGCGCGCGGCGCAUCAAGCUCUGAACGACGAGGUGCCGCGGCAGGGCGGACUGUGGGGCGAAUCCACGGGGCGUACUUCCCUCGGCUCGCGGUCCACCUCGCAAAGCAGCCAGGGUGAGGCGCCCAUUUCGGCGCCCGCGCGUCGCUGGCACCCGUCAGACAACUACGAGGAGCCUGGUAGACCGAGCACUACAAGCGCCAUUCCCGGUGCGGCUGGCCGACGCUCACCUGGCCCUGCAGGCGCCGCCAGCCCCGAUAAGGGGGCUGCCGGCAAAAUCGACUUGGCCAAGCUUGGCUUCCUGCCCAAGAAGCGCGUCGACCUCAUGUCAACUUCACCUCAGCCUCGAGAGGACAAGGACCCCAACCCACACAUUCCCACUUCGACGGGCCCUACAACGCCGACCACCGGCAAGUCUCUCGUGGACAAGAUCCCAAAGACGCCCCCUGCUGAGACGAGCCCCCACACGCUUGGCGACAGCGAUGAUGACGACGAUCUCGACUACACUGAGAACCCCUUCGACCGCCGUUAGUUUGCUAACAUGUGAUGUUGUCGUAAUAGUGGGCCUAAGUUACGAUGCACCUGAAUGUACUUGACUGAGACAAAGCUGACGGCCGCUUCGAUUGACGCACGCCAUGAGAUGGCUCCCACCAAGUCUAUCCAUGCUAUAGCGACCAAUGAACGAGUUACGGAUCC